AAUCAAUCAGUUCAACCCCAUCGUCAAUAUGAAGGAUAACGUUACCCCGCUGUAUACUAGCCCUCAACUGGGCGCCAGGGUCUCGACAUAUUCCGAGCAGCAUUCGACGCCGCUGCCCAAGUACAUCAGCGACUACCACGCCCAUAUCUCCUCCACUCGUGAUGAUUCAGAGUACUUGAGCUCUGGCUUCCAAUCCCAAUUCAAUAUCUUCCUUGCCAAGUCCAUCGGUGCCAAGAGAGUCCUUGAGAUUGGCGUCUAUGCCGGAUUCUCUGCCCUUGUCUGGGCUCAUGCCGUUGGACCAGACGGCCAGGUAACUGGCUUGGAGUAUGAGCCCGAGUACGCCAAGCUCUCCAACGAGGGAUUCGCAGCCAACGGCGUCAACAACGUUGAAAUUGUCGUCGGCCCUGCAUCUGAGACGCUACCAAAACUGAACCCCAGCAAGCCGUACGACCUCGUCUUCAUCGAUGCCGAUAAGACGGGGUACCCAGGUUAUCUGAGACAGCUCCUCGAGGGGUCUCAGCCCGGCAGCGCAAAGAGGAUUCUCCGACCUGGUGCCCUCAUCGUCUCGGACAACGUGUUGCGCCGGGGUUUGGUUGCGGAUGACAAGGCGCUCGGCGACGAGGAGCUCACUGGAGACAAGCUCGCCAACGUGCUGGCCUUGAGGGAGUUUAAUGACCUGAGCUUGAGCAACCCGCGAUUGGAGACGUUUGUCAUACCUCUGUGGGACGGUGUCAGCGUCAUCAGACUCAUUGAUUAGAUUAAUUGGGGAGCACGAGUUAUGUGUGUUUUGUUCCAGGUGGUUCAAAGGGGUUGUCUCAGGCUCAGUAUAAGUUUAAUUUGAUCGAGUACAUGCUACUACUGAAUAAAUGACAACAAGCAACAUGGAGAUGACGCAUCUCCUUGGUAUCGUAUCUGUAAUGUACAGGUGAAAAGAAAAUGUAAAAUGUCAUGAUUCAUAUUUGCGUAUAGAAAAGUAGCUCUAAAGAGCAUCUGGGGUAUUUCCCUUGGCUUAAUCCAACAGUAGUCAUUAGUCCUCCUCUCUCAUCUUCUCAACAUAAUCCAAAAACUCAAGUAAAAUUGCAGUGUGCCUCUUCUCAGCCCGCGUUACUUAGUAGCGGGUAGGGGAGGACUGGUAUGCAGCCAUCUUCUUGCUCUCACGGCUGCGGCGACGACGGCCUGAGCAGCAGGUGAAGAAGACAAUGAUGGUGGCAGCCAGGGCGAGAACAGCAGCGACAAGGACGAGCCAGAUACCGACAGCCCAUUCAGCGUUGAGGUCGAUGUCGGCGUUGUUGACCCGUCUCUUGACAAGGGCAAAGCCAGCAAAGUCACAGGCUAGGGCGACAAGAGUGACAAAGAAGGCCAAGAGGGCGACGAGCGACGACAUCAGGGAGCCCAAUGUGCCGGCGCCGAGGGCCAGGAGGAAGGCGAUGAAGCAGAGCCCGGUAGCAACGGGAUGCAGCACCAUGACAUAGGUCAAUGCCUUGGCCGUGUUUUCAGCAGCAUCAGAGAAUUCGACGACAUUGCCUCCAGCAGCGUUGUAGAUGACCGAGGCAGGGUUGUAGCCGAUCUGAGACUUGGAGCAUUCAUCGCCGCUCUCUCUGAGAAUGCAAUAACCAAAGGUGCCAAAGUUGAUUGUUGUUGGGGUCUGGCUAGUGUUGGUCCGGGCCAGCUCGUUAAGGUCGACCUUGAGGAUGGCGAUGUCGUUGACAACAGGAGCAGUAAUGUCAACAACAAUGAGCAAGACUGUCGCAGCGAACAGCAAGAAGCCGCCAAAAUGAUGGAUGAAUCGUCCAACGCCCAUUGUGAUGUGGUGUAUAGUGCGGUGUAAGAGUAGAACACGCUAGAGUAUAGAUGAUACAGCUGAUGAUAGUAAACAAAAAGAUAC